AGACCACAAAACAUAACCUCAAAAAGAAAAAAGUAACUUCACAUGAAAAUUUUUGCCAUAUCUGCAAAGAGCAAUUUUUACAGUAAUGAUAUAAUUUUAGAAAUUACUUCAACGUUCUUGUCCUCGUGAGUCAGUAUUUACCCAAUUAUACCGUUAUGUGUUGCUUCAGUAUUCAGUUUGUUUGAUAGUGUACAUAAAAAAUAAAGAGUUUAGUUUAAAAUCUCUGGUUUUAACAAACAGAAAAUCGAGUACUUGUGAUUACGUAAUUUUUAAAGCGGCAUAACGUGGCAGGGAAACAACUCGAACAUUUUAGUUCAGUUCCGUACUUCAGUUGAGUUAUUUAGUCGAUUACGAGUGUUCGGAGCGUUCGGAUAAGGAGAUGAAUCAUUCUUUCUGUGAACCAUCAAUCAUAAAGAAGUGUGACCUUGAUGAUAAGUGCACCAAAUUUGCAUAAAUGUGCAACUCACUUUCAAGGUUAAGUUAUUAGAAAGACGAGAACGAAAUCGCUUUAGAGGUUAGACUGUUCUUUUACUUCUCAGUUUAGGAUUUUUAAUUAAUCAUCUAUAUUUCCGCCAUUUGCGAGAAUGCAUCUUUUGAGAUCCUGAGUAACAUUUUCCCAGGCUGGUACUAAAUUAUAUUUGAUAUAUAAUUCCUGAGGGGAAUAAAUAAAUUACCAGAAAAAAUGGACGGGAAAAAUGAAAAAGAAAUCCAACCAAUCAAUUGGCCAUAUAUGAGUUUAGCAUCCCUCUCUACAUCGUUCGCAGCUAAAUUAGCAGCUGUGGGAAUUAUUUGGGGAUGGGGGUACAUGAAUUUGAGCCUUGCUUGGCUCAUUGCUCCAGUAGUUUUGUCUGUUUGGAGAAAAGAAAGAAAGAAGGAUCAAGAAUUAAAAAGACUCAUGGCACAAGCAACUGUUUUGUGCAAAGAAAAAGACAUCAUUGUUAGUAGAUUGGACGAACUUCCUUCCUGGGUUUAUUUCCCAGAUUUCGACAGGGCAGAAUGGCUUAAUAAAAUUUUAUACAAAGUUUGGCCAAGCGUAAAUCACUUUGUUCGGGAUUUAUUCAAGCAAAGUAUUCAGCCAGCAAUCGUCCAGAGCCUGGCUGAGUACAAAAUGAAAGGAUUUCAAUUUGAAAGAUUAGUUUUAGGACGCAUUCCCCCGAAGAUAUAUGGAAUUAAAGCUUAUGAUAAAAAUACUUCGAGACAUGAAGUCAUUUUUGAUCUGGAUAUUCUGUAUGCAGGUGACUGUGAUAUUUCCUUUACCGUCGGGAAUUUUAAAGGUGGAAUAAAGGAUUUCCAGAUCAGAGGGGUAAUGCGAAUUGUGAUGAAACCUUUAAUUCCUGUCAUGCCUCUCGUUGGUGGAAUUCAAGCAUUUUUCUUGAAUAAUCCAGCUAUUGAUUUCAACCUCGUGGGAGCUGCAGACGUUCUCGAUUUUCCUGGUUUUAAUGAAAUUUUGAGGAAGACAAUAACACAACAACUAGCAGCUCGUUUGGUUCUACCAAACAAAAUAGUUGUGCCACUAACUGCAGAUGUUCCUCUAGAAACUUUAAAAAUGCCUGAACCAGAAGGUGUCCUGAGAAUUCAUGUCGUGCAGGGAAAGCAUCUGAUGAAAAAAGAUAUUGGAGUCCUAGGAAAGGGAAAAUCAGAUCCAUAUGCGAUUAUCAGCAUCGGAGCUCAAGAAUUCAGAACAAAAACAAUAGACAAUACGGUAGAUCCCAAAUGGGAUUUUUGGUGCGAGGCUGUUAUCUAUUCAAUCAAUUCGCAAGAGGUUGAGCUAACUGUUUGGGAUUGGGAUUCAAAUAUUCCUGGUAUUCGAUUUGAUGACUUCCUGGGAAGGGCGACGAUCGAAAUUAGUCGAGUCAAAAAGAUGGGAACUCUUGAUACUUGGGUUUCUUUGGAGUUAGUAAAACAUGGAAUGGUACACCUAAGACUAUCCUGGUUUCAACUUUCAAACCAAAUUUCUGACCUCCCAGCUGCUUUGAAAGAAACUCAACAACUGAGAGUUACUUCCAUGAGUACAGCAGUUCUUAUUCUGUACAUCGACUCUGCAAAAAAUUUACCGUGUAUUCGAGGAAAUAAACAACCGGAUGUUUAUUUGGAAGCCUGUAUUGGAGGGAAAACGGAAAGAACUGUUACAAUAUUGAGAUCCUGUGAUCCAGUUUGGGAACAAGGAUUUACUUUUCUGGUAGCUAAUCCUGAAACUGGAAGCAUGAAUUUCCAGAUUAUGGACGAAAAAACGGGAACGACAGUCGGAACAAUGAGCUACAAUAUUUCCACUUUGAUGGGAAGACCUAAUCUGGAAUUAAAACAGGAACCUUUUGAUUUGGAAGAGGCUGGAGGCGAAAGCAAAUUAAUAAUUUCGAUGGUUCUGAAGAUUCUAAAAUACGAACCACCAAGUUCGACUUCAGAUGAUGAAGAUUAUCCAAACUUAAGUGAUUCUGGCCAGAAAAUCGAACGACAAGAAUCUACUAUUAGCAAUAUGUCCAGCAGCAUUCCUCCGAGUCCAUUGAAAAAGCAGCCAUCGAAAGAAUCUUUACAAAGUGUGGGAAGCAUCGCAUCUGUACCAGGAACCGCAAAUAUUUCUACUGGUCCCGAAGUUCCAAAUCCCAUCGACGAAGAACCUUUAAUUGUUGAAAAUGCAUUUUCGGAAGUUUCUGCUAGUCCAAAUCUCGUUCACAGACACACAAGUUUCACUUCUUCUGAAGGGGAUGCUAAACUUGGAAGAUUACAAUUGACUCUACAGUACAGCGAACCCAGACAGAAACUUUACAUCCACGUCCACAAAAUUGCGAAUCUACCUCUGCCUCAAAAUGAUCCCCACAACAUUCCGGAUCCUUACGUGAAGCUUUAUCUGCUCCCAGACAAGAACAAAGAAACUAAACGCAAGACUGCUGUGAUGAAAGACAAUUGCAAUCCAGUCUUUGACGAAAAAUUCGAGUACAUAGUUUCCCAAGGAGACAUAAAUAGCAAAACUCUAGAAAUUUCCGUGUGUACGCAAAAAGGCUGGCUUUCAUCAGGCAAUAAUAUAAUGGGACAAAUCCACAUUGAUCUGUCCGAAAUCGAUUUCUCUCAAUCCGUCACAACCUGGUUUGAUUUACUGCCAGAAAUAAAAGACUAGACGCGGAGGCGUAGAAUGGGGAGGUUUUUUCUAUUUCAUUAAAGUUUCGGCGGGUCCAAAAAAGAAAAAUAAUCCCAAAAUAUAGUUUUCAUUCUGAGAAUUUUGUUGUUAGCUUCUGAAGGAAAUUUACCAAAUAUUUAUUUAGAGAGAAAUCGUUGACAUUUGGAAGAACAAAAUUGAAAGAAAGUCUAUAGAGAGGUUGUGCUUUUUGAUAAAGUAAUUUAUGCAGAAUUUUGAUUUGUUGUAGAGCUCGAAAUUGUUAUAAUAUAAAAUAUACUUUGUGCCUGUUACUGCUAUUUAAACAGCAUCUAGAAAA